ACCUCGUGAUACGUCUCGGACCAGGAAGUAACGUGUCAUAAUAGUCCUUAGACAUAUGAUCAACACUACAACUACAAUGGGCUGACUGAGGAAAAUCUAAACAGCAUAAUGAAAAAGUAUUUUGCACUAUGCCUUUUACUGUAUGUCAUCGCUGGCAGUUUUGCUGAGGAUCUCACUUACUCGAAUGGGUUCUACUCUAAAGCGCCUCAAAAGUUGUCCAAAUACAGCGGGUUCGGCAAUGUUCGGCUCCAGCACUUUAGAGUACCGGAGGAUGCCGUGCUCGCGCGGUGGCUGCUCACGGUUUCACGGGCAUCCGGACUGAACUGUGGCAACCAAAACAUCACUGUGCACUUUAGGGCAGGAGCUCCCCCGGUCAUCAACCCUUUAGACACAGCCUUUCCAAACUCCACGUCAUUCUCCCUUGCUCAUAACUUGACCCUGACCAUUCCCAGUGGACAGAGCGGCAAUGUGACGCUGUUCAAUGUGACCCACCCCAAACCUGGAGACUGGUUCCUUGCUGCUCACCUGCCCAAAGAUGAAGGAAAGAUAGAGCAACAGGGAUUGCCAUCUUGCUCAUACCUAUUCCAGGCACAGAUGUUUUUGAGGAGAGGCGCUGACCUGCCAAUCUUGCAAUACAACAUUCCACUCUAUCAAACACUAACUUCAGCUCCAGCCUUGUUUAAGGUCUUUGUUCCAGAGUUCUCCUCCAGGUUGGAUGUUUUCAUCUUGAACUGUUCAGUAAAGCUGGGAAAUGACUGUGGGCUGUCAGUCUCUGUAGGCUCCAGCACUUUGAGGCAGGGCUCGGAGGUGAAACAGAACUGUUCAGGGUUAGAGAGCUGCUCUGCAUCAGUCCUCAUUCCCCCGUGGAACAGCUGGUUACUGGUUAUGGUUGAGACUAGUCAGCCAAACACCACAAUACCUUUCAGUAUCUCUGCCAAUGUCACAGUGGGAUGUAAACCCUUGAGCGUCCCUUCAGAUUUUAACACCUCAGCCUUCAUUCGUACCAUCAUUGCUCCCCAAAGCAACAGCUCAGGUGCCCUAAAUAACACACCAGUUUCUAUGAGAGACCAAACGGGCCUCCGUGCUAACAGCUCGGAGCCAAUGUGCAUGAAAAGUCCUUCAGUGUCCAGAGAUGAACAGGAUGUACUAUCACUACACUUCAUCGGUUCCAGCAACCUAACCGUGACCUCGGACCUUCCAACUGUGCUCACACUUGAGCAGUCUCCUGGUGAUAGUGGUGGCACGUUUGUUGUACAGCUCAACUUGAACACUGCUGCAAAGCAACAAAAUGUGAUUACUUUAAAGACUUCUCUGGUUGGUGGAUUUGCUCAUGCCAAAGCAUGUCUCACCCCUACUGCUCCUUUACUUGACCUCAACCACAGCCUGACUUGUGCUACAGGGCUUAUACAGGGUUAUUCCCUGAGUGUGAGCAGCAUUGAAUCACAGGCACUGUUGAGGAUUCCAUUCCCAGAUGCAGCAGUGUGGUACCUCAGCCUCCAAACCGUGUGCAAUGAUAGUGUUGACUGCAGGAAUGCAUCAGGCAUAGUGAGUGUGUCAGUGAGUGUGAGUGCAUGCAUUGAUGACUGUGGGCCGUAUGGAGAGUGCAGACUACUACGCACACACAGCUUCCUCUAUGGCGCAUGUGUGUGCAAAGCAGGUUGGCAGGGAUGGGGCUGUACGGAUGGAGCCACUGCGCAGUCGUACUCUCGGCAGCUGGCCGCAGCUCUGCUCCUCACCUUCAGUAACUUUUUCUUCAUCCCUUCCAUUGUCGUAGCACUUUACAGAGGCUACCACAUUGAGGCCGCCAUCUAUUUCUUUACCAUGUUUUUCUCCACGUUUUAUCAUGCGUGCGACCAGCCCGGUGUGACUGUGAUGUGUAUCAUGGACUACGACACUCUCCAGUUCUGUGAUUUCUUGGGCUCUGUCGUGUCCGUGUGGGUGACCAUUGUGUGCAUGGCACGGUUACAGGAUCCUGUAAAAUAUUUAUUAUUUAUGUUGGGCACUCUCAUAAUUUCUAUGGCGAUGCAGUUGGACCGCAGGGGGCUGUGGAACCUUCUAGGACCCGUUCUGUUUGCUUUGGUCAUUAUGGUCACUUCCUGGGUUUAUCGAGGUGUGAAACGGCAUCAGUGUUACCCUCCGUUGUGGCGUCGCUGGGUGUUGUUCCUGCUUCCGGGGAUCUUAUCAGCAUUGAUUGGAGUGUGCAUGUACGUCUUUGCUCAGACCGACAGCAACUACUACUACACUCAUUCCAUAUGGCAUGUCAUGGUGGCCACGAGCGUGGUCUUCCUCUUACCACCCCGUGAAAAACACGUUCCCCCCUGGGGCUGGACGAACAAAAUCUGUAGCUACAGGAGAUGUUCAAAUGAGAAAAUAGAGCAUUACACUGUCAACUAAAAACACUGCUGUUGAUAUUUGCACAGACUGGAUUUUUAUAAUUUUCCAAAUGUUAUUGGUUAGCUUUAAGAAACAUGUCAAGCUUAAUCUGAAAGAUACUUGACUGCAGUGACCAGUAUGUCUGUAUGCACAUUCAGGAUAACUUCAAGGAAUAGUUUACCCAAAAAUAUUUUUUUACUGUCAUUCUUAACCCAUAAACCAAAUCAGUGGAACACAAUAGGAGAUUCUUCCAAGUUCAUAGUGACCACAUAAGUAAAGGGAAGAUUAUUGGUGAAUAAUGACUUAUUUUGGUCUGUUUAUUCCUUUAGAAGGCUUGGAAUAUAGUGCACAAGUCAUAUACACUACUUAUAUGGUGCUUUUUGGCAAACAAAUACUUCUUUUGUAUUUCAUUUAAAAAUAAAAAAAAAAUGCAUACAGGUUUGAAUGGCUCGAGGUUGAGUAAAUAAUGCCAUAAUUUUUAUUUUUGAAUGAACUAUUCCUUUAAACUGGAGAAUAGCCAGAAUUGUUUCACACUAUUUUUUAAACCACUGUUCGGAAUGUACAAGAAAAUGCCUCCUUUCUUCCUCCCUAAAAACCUUGGUAUAUUUCUUCAGAUGUUGCUCUUACUUUUCCAAGGGGAAGAACAUUUGAAACAUGCUUGAGCCAGUAUGUGAAAAUGCGCUUGUUUGCAAAUAUGAAGUAUCCUUAAUAGGUGAAGAUGUGUUUGUUUAUAAUGGGUGUCUGACAUAAGAUGACCUGAUGUAUUUAAGAUGAACUUCUCUCUAUUGGUCAAGGCUUUACAUAUGAAUACUACUGUACUUUUGAACCCUAAGGGCAAUUUAAACUUGAAGAGGCAUUUAGGUUUAAAUGUAUAUUGCAACUAUCCUUUAAAACUCAAAUGUAUGUAAAUCAGUUUUGUGGUUUUCUAUUUAACUAUGACAGCAAGGUAAUUCAUCUCUUGUUUUUCUCGAGGAGGAAAAGUGUUAAAUUAGGGUUGGAAUAUAAUACAGAUAUGUUUUACAAUGUUUUAUAUUCAUUUUGUAUUGGAAUUACAAAUGAGAUUGAAAAAUAAAUGAGCUAAACUAAGA